GUGACUCAAACGCUGAAGUUUAACAGAUCUCAGUUCCUGGAUUUAUCUGACCCAUGUUCAAGAACAGGGGUUUACCAUACUAUUCUCAACAGAACGAAUCCAGUUGCUCUGCUAAAACUAGAUAUUAGGUACAAAACCCUUGUAACCUACCAGACCUUCAACUGCCUGAUCAAAGUGAGGACGGAGUUCAUGAACAAGUCCAAGGAGUUCUACAACGACAACGAGGAUAUCGCUGUCAUGAUGUUUGAUAUCAACUACGGAUAUAAGAGGAAGGAGGAUGCAAUAAAACUAGAUCUGAUUCAUAUUGCUAAACUGGAUAAUAAUGGAACAAGAUUUUUUUAUCAAAAAAAGAAAUUCCAACUUCCGCAGUACGUUCCGCAUUCAUUGCCAGGUUAUGUACUUUACGGAUUUGAGGAGAUUGCCCAAUGGCACGCUGAAAGUAACUCUAGUCUGGCGGUCGACCUACAGCGCUGGAAAUCCAGUGAUUCAAUCUACUUCGUGUUUGCACAGUACCGUAUAGUUUCACCAUACCACUGUGAUACAGGGAUAGAGGUUGACUGCAAUGAUAAUGCAGCUGUAUUUGCACACUGCUUCCCUCACCACCUUCUCUCCCUCUUCCUAGAUGGACUUCCGUUCUGUGAGUUCCAUCCCCUUCAUGCUAUCGGUUCCAACAGAACAACUUGUGGUGCAACGCAUCUGGGAGGAUCAGGAAGUACAAAUACAUUUCUCCUUCUUCUCACAACUCUCAUAACACUCAUAAUUCCCGCCAUCUUGGCAACAAAACCCUAGGAAGAAUUAUUAUGCAGGAAUCACCUUCAUACGUCAUGCUGCUAUAGCUACUAGCAAAGGAAUAUUACAUAAGAAAAUUUUCGGGGAGUCUUCUCAAUACAAAAUCUGAAAAUGCGCAAAAUAUUGUACGCUCACAAAUUGUCUCCGAAAAGAAAGUUUUGCAGCAUUCGAUCUUCCACAACAGAAUAAAAGCUGUGCGCAACAGCUCAUGCUUGCUGACGCUCACAACUAACGUGCAGUGCUAGUUAAAUGAUAUGAAAAUAAUGUGAAUUAAAAUAUCAUUUUCAAAAUUAUUCAGAAAGUAGUUUACAUAAAGUAGAUAUUUUAUAAUUGUUAAUUAAAUUUACCCUUUAUCUAGAGUUUUAUUGAAUGUAUAAUAAAAAUAAAAGAUUUAAAUAACAGCAA